AUGACCCUGGAUGAUACCCUUCCGACAUACAAUAAACAUCUUGCUAGCUCUAGCUAUACCUGCUGUACUAUGCAGACUGUUCACCUGGUAUACGAUAUGAACUAUGUAAACGACAACUUCACGAUCUCUUCAAACACCACGAAUCCUAUUCCUCAACUCGCAUUUCCCCCCCCUCCACCCAUUCUUUCUUACUCUGUACCAUUUUCCGCAAUGGACCCUGCUACAUUCGAAGCAGCAUCUGCGCAUUCUGCGCACCUAUUCACUGGUAUACAACCUCUGCCUGAUCGAUUACCAUUACCAGGAGACCAUUAUACCGAGCAACCUGACCAAGGUCAUGAAGGAGGAAAAGCGUCGCAAAUGGCAGUGCAUGCAGGGGACCUAACGGUGGAAGAGGUUUAUUUAAAUCCCCAUCGGCUUGUAUCCCCAAACACACCCAUUUCCAACAUGGUUGAGCCCUGGAUCAGGAGAUACAAUACGAGGAGCAUCCCAAGUAGGGCUGAGGGAAAAAGGGUCACUGAAGCACCAAGGGAGACGAUGACAUGGCGUCUUGAAUUCUUAGGAGACUCCGACCGCAUUUGGAAAAACGAAGAAAUCCAGAACUUUCACCUCGUCUUCGACGACGUCACUGGCCAGCAACUGUCCAUUGCUCUUGACGAAAAUACAACUAUGUAUGGCUUUAUCGAUCAGAGUCUGAUGAAACGAUAUCUAUCUAAGGAUAAUCUCUGCAACUGGCCCAGUGCAAACAUCCAUGAAGCUCUAAAUGCCAUUUUGGCCAUGCCCUGGUUCGCUAUCUGGUACACUGUUAAUGACCUCGGAAUCCAUUGUGGCAUACACUCCCUAGCCAAUGCCAUGUCACAACCUACACUGGUUCUAAAAGGCUUAGCAGACACUACACAUGUCGCCGUCAUCAGUACCAUGCCAAUACGUGGCACUUACCUGCCUCCUGCCAUUGUCCUUGCCCAUUGUCUGGGCGAGUUCACGACCCUUCAUGGUGUAGACCGUCUCCAGGUCCUCACAGUCAUCUAA